UCUCUCACUUUCCCUCUUUCAGUUUCUCUCUCUAAAGCCUUUUUUUUCUAUUGUAAUUCUCAAGGAUUCAGAAGGGGGCCUGUUCGGGAGAUUCGAUUGAAGCGGCGAUCCCUUUUUUUUUGUUUGUUCUUUCCAUUGUUCUUUGGAUUUCUGUGUAUUUUGAUUUUGUUUUCCCCCUUUUUCUUCAUCUUUAUACUGCUCCUCGUCCUUGGGACCUUCUUCUUUUGUGAGGUCUUCUCAUUUCAAUCCGUGUGUCUUCUUCUCUCCGAAUAUAAUGCUCCAGAUGUUCAAGAGAAGGUUCUGAUUUGAUAGAAUCCUGAUCUGUAAAAGCAUGGAGGGCGACACAUUUUCAGGGCUUGGGAGUAGUGCACAGAUUGAUACCAAGAUUUUACAGACAUUUCAGAAGAAUUUUGUUCAAGUUCAAAACAUCUUGGAUCAAAACAAGCUGCUCAUCAGCGAGAUAAACCAGAAUCAUGAAUCAAAGAUCCCUGAUAAUCUUAACAGAAAUGUGGGUCUGAUCCGAGAAUUAAACAACAAUAUCAGGAGGGUUGUGGACUUAUAUGCUGAUCUUUCAUGUUCCUUCACUAGAUCCAUGGAAGUUUCUUCAGAAGGUGAUUCCAGUGGAGCUUUGAAAUCAGAUGGAAAAGCAGGCCAAAAGAGAAACAGGGCUGCCUAACCCACAAAAUUCAUCUUCUCCAUUCUUUGGCGUGUGGGAGAGGAGAAAAGGCUUUUCUCGUCUCUGUCAAAAAAACAAAGGAAAUCAAGAAAAAAAAAAAAAAAAAAAAACUAGUAUAUCCAUAGAUUCUCUGUAACUUUCUUGUAUGAUUUAACUAUCUAGCUUUACUUAGUUCUUGAUCAUCACUCUUCUGGGUUGCUUAGAGAAAAUAAUUGUCCUGAUUCUGUAUUCAAUUUCUAUUCUGCCCUAACUAUGGAUCUUCUUGACGAAAUUAAGCAUCAAAUUCUCAUCUGA